GGGAGGAGGAACAGACACUGCAGCAGGUCAAAGGUUUUGUGGGACUGGACAAGACUAUUUGUUCAUGCUUGAAAGAAGAUCUGUAUUUCCAUUUAACAGGAACUCAUCAAGUUACAAAAAGUGUUCUCAAGCCAAGUUAGUUCUCUAGCUUUCUUCACUCAAAUCACUUGAUCAGCAGACGAGAAAGCAGCAGGUAGAGAAAAAGGCAAAAUGCCACCCGUGAGAAAGAAGUUUAUUGAGAUUCUGGAAAAGGCAAUGGAAGAGGGUGAAAAGAUGACUCGAGAUGAGAUGCUGUUUACUUACGAUGGGGUUGUGUACCCCACUGCUCUUUGCAGUCCGGAGGUCUUCAAGGCUCUUGAGUCCUUUGAAGCAAGGAGUGAUGAUGUCAUGCUGGCUGGAUACUGUAAAUCUGGUACCAACUGGGUUGGCCAGAUAGUUACAGAUUUAGUAAUAACAUCUGCAAAGAAACAUGAACCAGACAAGCUUAAUGAAAAGCUACUGCUGGCAGAAUUUCCUUAUAUUGAAAUUGGAGAUACUGACAAGUAUAAGAGGAUGAACACCUAUCCAUCAAGGAGAGUUAUGUUUACUCACCUCCGUGCUGAUAAGCUUCCAAAAUCUGUCUUCGAGAAUAAAGCCAAAAUACUGCUGCUGCUUCGAAAUCCAAAAGAUGUAGCUGCAUCUUUUUUCCAUUUUUCAAACAAUUUUUCUCCAUAUCCGCCUUAUGACAACUUCAACGACUACUUCCGAGCUUUAAUGGAAGGAAAAAUGCCCUGGGGAAGCUACAUUGAAUAUCUUUGUGUGUGGAACAAGUAUAUCGAUAAAGACAAUGUCAUGCCAAUAACUUAUGAAGAAAUAAAAGAGAACCCAGUUGUGGGAGCCAAAAAGAUAGCUGAAUUCUUGGGCCUGAACCUAGAUGAUGAAGAUAUUUGUGGUGCUGCAGAGAGGAGCACUUUCAAGGCUAUGAAAGACAAUUCCAAAGCAACUCAUGGCGAAUUUGGAGCUGUCCUCUUCCGUAAAGGGGGUGUAAGCGACUGGAAGACACUUUUCAAUGAAGAAAACAAUCAGGAAAUGGACACAAUAUUUAAAAAGCGUUUAGGAGGAACCAAAGUGGGAGAAAAGAUAAAGUACGACAUUUACUGCAAGAUUUGAAGACUGAGGAAGGACCACUCAUAAAUGAUCACGUGUUGUCUCAGAAAACAGCAAGAGACUGACCUUCUUGAAAUGCAUUUAAUGAUAAUCAUACUUUUCCUCUGUGUGAAAAGGCAGUAGAAAUCAUAUCUACUUUUUCCUAUUAAUACUUUCAGCAUGAUUUAACUAUACAUAUAUACUGAGACUCUAUUCAAGAAUUGCUAAAUUCUUCUUUCAGAAAUAUAGUCUAGGUGAUACUUUAAUUUGAUUAGUCUUUUGUAUAUAUGCAAGCCUUAAAAUUACAGGGAGACUGUAACAACAUACAAAUACAUAUAUCUAUAGUUAAAAUAACUGAUAAAAUAGAUUUCAAAUGAAAACUUUUUGAACACUUUUUAUUGUUUCUGGCCAGCAUCUUGUAAUGCUACUCACAAAAUUCCAGAAGUUUAAAUUUUGAUCCACUGCCAUAUUGUCAGGUCUAUGUGCAAAGAA